UCCUCCGGCCGCCAGGUGUGCCGCAAGGGUCGGCUCUGGCUCCGCUUCUGUUCCUCCUAUUCACACUCAGUAUCCGUAAGCGGCGAACGGCGAGAUGUUCUGUCUCCGGCGUGUUACUGUGAUCUCUGCGUGUAUCGUGUGGGCUCUCCUUAUCUCUUCUGGUCACUCCAGUUUGGAUAACUUCAGGUGGAGAUCGUGUGUGGACUUGGAUAGUGACGGAGACGUGCGCCUGUCAUGGACUCCCAAAACUGAUCGCAUAGUGUUCCAAGUGGAAGCUAGGACGUUAGGAUAUGUGGGUGUAGGAUUUUCCCAGGACGGUUCGACUGUUGGAGCAGAUAUGGUUAUCGGAUGGGUGGACGAUGUGAUGCAAAAGGCGUUUCUAUUGGACUACCAUGGAGCUUCAAAGAAUGCAGAGCCUCUGCUGGAUCCAGUCCAGAACUAUGAGUUGCUGGGAGGGUUCCAGAACCAGACUCACACUGUGCUGCAGUUCCAGAGACCCUGGGACACUUGUGACUCUGACCAUGACAGGCGGCUAGGGAAUGACACCGAGAGGAUAAUUUGGACAGUGCAUCGAGAGGACCCACCACAGCAGUCCCAGAUGGGGCAUGGUGGGGAUUGGCAAGGGGCAAGAAGUGUGCACUUGGUCAGUGUAGCCAACCCUCGACAUAGUGCCUCUCAUCCUCAUGUUAAGCAAUGGGAUGUCAAAUUAAAUAAUUUUUCAGUUCCUGACAACAUGGACACUUUAUAUUGGUGUAAAAUAUUCAAGGUUCCUCCUCUGACUCACAAGCAUCAUAUCAUUGGGUACGAACCAUUGAUAUCAGCUGGGUCUCGGGGGGUGUUACACCACAUGCUGCUGUACGAGUGUGUGGGGGUGCAGCUGGAUCAGUACUUGAACCACCCUGGUGCUGCCUGCGACUCCCCCGCCAUGCCCCGGCCCUGGGAGUUCUGUGUCACACCUUCAGUCGCCUGGGCCACUAGCUCCACCGGUGAAUUUCUUCCUGAUCAUGUGGGAAUUCCAAUUGCAGAAACACAGAGAUCAACAUACUUCAUGCUUGAAGUGCAUUAUGACAACCCAACUUUAAAACAAGUGACUGACAGCUCUGGACUGCGAAUAUUCUACACUGACAAACUGAGACAAAACGAAGGAGCAAUGUUUGUGACUGGUAUUAUAGUAUCUCCUCUCCAAGUCAUUCCUCCAUGGCAGCACACUUACAAAACAGCUGGUUACUGCGACUUCCAUUGCACUCAUUCAACAUUACCAUCAGAAAUAAAUGUGAUCUCGGCUCUUCUACACUCUCACAGAGCUGGCCGAGAGAUAACUCUGCGGCACAUCCGGGCGGGUGUGGAGCUUCCCCCAAUUGCUCAGGAUAAGACAUAUGACUUCAAAUAUCAGCAAUCGAGAGUGUUGGUAGAAGAGCAACAAAUAUUGCCGGGAGAUGAGAUUAUCACUGAGUGUGUGUAUAAUACAGCUACCAGAUCUGCUCCUACUGUUGGUGGAUACUCAACAAAACAAGAGAUGUGUCUGGGGUUCAUCACAUACUACCCCAGAUCUCCUUUAGCCAGCUGCUUGAGCAUGACUCCAGUGGAUUUCUUCUUCCAUACAUUUGGUGUCCAGAAGUUUUACCACUUCAACAUGACAACUAUUGAAAGAAUGUUUCUGAGGCUUACCGAUGCUCAAAUUGUGAAGAAAACUGUUUCAACCACUCCGCCUUCAUUUCCCAAGCUAUCACCAGAUGAUGAGUUAAAUGAUGCCAUCAACGAAGAGGCAAUUUCUACUUUGAAGAAAAUGGCUGAUUACUCUGUGGAAGGAGGGGGUGAGAAUAGCCUGUUUGACAGUCUGAUCAUAGAGGAUCCUGAAGAGUUCCGCAACCGAAGUUUUACGAGCCACUUGCACUCGUUGCCCUGGGCUGAACAGUUGUUAACACAGAGAAUAGAGACAGCUGUGUACAGAGGGAAGCACAUGACGUUCUGUCGGCUCUACAACGACUCAUUACAAACUCAACCACAAGUCUUCAACUUUCCAAACUUCACAGAACUUGAAAACUCUUCAUACAACAUGGUUUGUCCACAGCGGAAACUUCAGCCUCUCAUUAGUCCUGACAACAGUAGCUACAUUACUGCAAACUUUUAUAUCAUUUGGUUCUCUUUGGUAGUUGUUUUGAAUAAGACUUACAGUUAUUAGUUUACUUUUAACUAUGAGUGAUAACAAUUCUUAAAUCAUUGUACAAAGGUUUGUAGACAUUCAAAUAUUCAAGGAAUUUGAUUUGUCCCAAUAUUUUGUUGUUACUGAAGUUCCUACCAAAGACAUUAAGUUAUUGUGAUAUUUUACUAUUAUAUUGUGUUGUAUUGUUUUGUUUUAUAACAGUAUUUAGUCUUUUUGGCUGUAAAUAAUUUAGUGUUAAGAGUUAAAAACAUUAAUUGUAACUUUUUUGCUAAAGCAAACCUUGUCAUUAAUGUAUCCUAUUUGUUUAAUAGUUUCACGAAUACUAUUAUGAUGUAAUAUUUAGUUUCAAGCUUACUUGAAACACUGUUUAACUAUUUACACUAUCAUGUAUAUACAAUAGGUGUACCACAAGUACUAGUACCAUUUUCACAUAGUAUAGUUCUUUUGUACGUUUGCCUACUUAGUAAGUUUUCAAAUAAGUGUUAGUUAUAAAACUAUCCAAAUUCCCCAACAGAAUCAAAGAAUGAAUACUUGCCAUAUAUAACGUUCAAAUGGAAAUAUAUGUAAUUUUAAUACUAAUGCUCAAUAUUAAAAUCAUCAAAAGAGUAAAGUUGAAUACUAUUGAUUUGAAAAAUUAUUAAAAUAGUGAAUGAAUGAUUCAAUGUUUCAUAAGGGCUGUGAAAAGACUAAAAAUGAAAGUAAUGAGAUGGUUUAGAAGAAAAUUUGUUUCAAAUUCGCUAGUAUUUACACCUGAGAGCAACAAAGAAGAAAGUUGGUGUUUGGCCAAAAGUGGUGCUGAAUGUUGUAGCCUGACAAACACGUUCUCAUUAUAGUGGGUUAAUUUCAUUAGAAAAUGUAUCACUUUUCUAAAUUUCUUGUAUUUUUGUUUAGUUCCCUUAAGCAUGAUUAAGUAUUACUGAAACCUAUUAUAAUUUCAGUUAUAUGGAUUCUUUACAAUGUCAUUACUUUAGUUUAUAUUAAACUGUGCACCUUCUUGGUUGUAACAAGGCCUUGUCAAUAAAACAAAUCUAAAUACUUAUUUUCAAUAAAUUUAACACUGAUUAGUAAGGGCUAAGGAAUUAGUAUAACCAUAUUUUAAGAACAAUUUUUGAAAUUUAUUGGUAAUUGUAGUCUCAUUUAGUAAGAUUCACAUAUAUUUAGGUUUGCCAUCCUUGAAUGUUGUAACUGUUAAUUUUAAUAUAUAUUAUGCACUGAACCACAAAUUUAAAUAGGUACUGCUAUAUAAUGUUGCUUCCUCUUUAGUACUUCAUAUUCUUGUAUGGAAGUAAGCUCAAACCAGUAAGCUCCCUAGAAUAAAUGGUAAUGACAAGUGCAGGCGUGCAGGAGUGUGUGCAUUGUUUACUUGCGCACAUGCUUUUGACCGUUGCUCAAAUAAACUAUCACCAGACCCACACAAUUACUAUCAACAAUCAUUCUUAAUCCUUAUGUUAAGUGGCCAGUGUCAGGUCUAUCAUCUAUGUUUUCUGGUUCACACUAAGUUAAAAUAUUGUCAACACAGCUAAGAGGGCAUGUUGCUAGUUAGCUGUGACCAUACAUACAAGGUUCAGCUCAAACAAAGGCCUAAAGUUUACAAAUAAAUGUGUAAUAAAUACAAACUUGUCUCAAAUCCAAACAUGUUUCAUUCAGAAACUUUUUAACUUUAGUAUUCUAUCUAAUAAACUGGUAAUAAUUAUAUGAGUAACUUUUAACUAAUUGUUCAUAAUAUAAUAAAAAUCUUUCUAUUAAAUAUGCAUUAUAAACGACUGUAACAGAUUGUGUAUCCAUUCAUUAUUAACGUUGAGACUCCAAAAAAUAAGAUUCUGAAAAAUAUUAAAUAUUAAUAUUAUCACACUUCUUUAGUCCCAUGUUAUACGUAAAGUUUCAGAUAUGUGGCCAGCAGCUAAAGAACAUGCACUUUUAAAUUAUUAAAAUAUUUUGCCAUGAAGAGCCAGCAAUCUUCAGUUAACAGAUAAUAAACCGAAACUUAAGUUAGUUGACAUCUGAUGACUCUCCCAUAUUGAAUUCGAAAUAAUUCAAGAAUUUUUUUUAUGUAGUGCGGACCAGAGAACUUAGUACUGUAUAUGAUACCAACAAUUAUUCUUUCUUCAUUCGUAGAUUGUAUUUGUUCAUGGUAGAACAUAAUUUGUAACCCGGUAACAGUUUGCUUCAGUGAUGUGAUAUUGUCAAUUGUAUACCCUCUUAAGAGGCUCUGGCAUGUAAGCUAAUGAUCAGUUCCCUCCAAAUUGAUUCAUAAAUCAGCCAAUUUCAAUGACGUUAGUGAUAAUGUCCUCUGAUAACUUUAAACUAAUAUCACAAAAUUUGUAACUCAAACCUCACUAUUUCCUGUAGAAGAUCAAAGUGUUAUGCAAGUAUCCAGGAUUCUGGAUUUGAUGUUAAUUACGUUUAAGAUUCUCACUGUAGUUUUAAGUAUGAAGUGUGACUUUGCGACAGAAAUCUGUUUUAAUUGAUUAAAAGGCAUUAUAUUGAAAA